AUGGACCAAUUCAACAUAAAUUCAUUAUCAACCCCACAUCUCAUUUCGCGUAGUCCAAGAAUCGUUAAAACCCAAUAUACAUCGCAAGCAGCCAGUCCUCAAUUCAGCUCAACUUCUAAAUUGCCUUAUGAAGCAAAAAAUUUUGAAAUUUAUCCGAUUUCUGAUUCAACAAAAGUAUCAAGUAGUGCGAGAACAAAAAAACCAAUAAAAUUUCCCAGCUCCCCUGGCUCUCAAACUCCAAAAUCUAACUAUAGUGCAAAUUCUACAGGGAGAACGCUGUCAUCAAGUGCGUCUCUCCAAUCUUUGCAAAAUAAAAAUAUAAUUUCUGGUUCAAGAUCAGAAAUUCAGCCCAAGCAAUCAUUAUCUAGAGUUAAUUCUGCCUCAACAAAGAAUUUGACACCAAAAGCGUCAAGAACACCUACCAACCGAUCAAAUCGAAACAAAAUAAGUCAAUCUGUAUCUGCCUCUAAAAUAUAUCAACCCAGCAUUUCCAAAGAAAAACAGCUUGGCAGCCCUAGAGCGGCUGAGCAGCGCAAAGAGACAGAAUUUUCCCAAUUAAUCACACAAGUAAAAUCGCCAGAAAUGUCAAAAAUCACCAAAAGCACAGAGGAUUUAAAAGAAAGAAGCGAAGCUGUGUACCGUGAGCAUCUUUUCCAAACCUUCCAAGCUUUGAAAUUCGUCAAGAUGCUACCAGCUAUAGAUCCCCAUCAAAUUCAGGCUAAAAGAGUGAAUUUGCCAAAAAAGCCAGGGUAUUUGAACAAAAAGACUAUUGUUUUUGAUUUAGAUGAAACCCUUGUCCAUUGUUGUGAAGGACAAGAAAACUCAAAGCCUGAUGUAAUCCUUCCAAUUACUUUUCCUACAGGCGAAGUUAUAAAUGUAACUGUCAUUUAGGCUGGAAUAAAUAUUAGACCAUAUGCAAGAGAAGUAUUAAAAGAAGCAAGUGUAGAUUUUGAAGUCAUUAUUUUCACUGCAAGCCAAAAAUGUUAUGCGGAUGUCGUUAUUGAUUUUCUUGAUCCAACUGGGGAAUUUGUGCAUCAUAGAUUAUUCCGAGAAAAUUGCAUAAAUGUCCAAGGAGUUUUUAUUAAAGACUUGAGGAUCUUGGCAAAUAGAAGAAUCCAAGACAUAGUGAUCGUCGAUAAUGCUGCAUAUAGCUUUGGGUACCAGCUGGAUAAUGGAGUUCCUAUUAUAUCAUGACAUGAUGAUCCACACGAUAAAGAGCUCUUUAACUUGAUGGAUUAUAUCAAAACUCUUGCGAGAGCUCAAGAUAUAAGAGAAAUAAACAGGAGAACAUUUAGAUUGAAUACGUUUUAUGAAGAUUAUAUUGAGCAAUUUUUGCAGCCAGAAUUUAACACAAAAGCACCUUACAAAAAAUACUAA